UAAAAACUCAGUUUCUCCAUACCUAAGUGUUAUCUACUCUGUAAGUAAGUGUGUAGUAGUUUAAACGAGAAUAAUCUCCGACAAAACUCGCUCUAAAAUCUCCGGCGAUGAAAGAUGGGCUUUUUCGGGAGACUUUUCGGGAGUAAGAAGCAGGACUCGUCGACCAACAGACGGAGGUGGAGCUUCGCCACCAGAUCUUCCAAACCGGCGGCUUCUUCAAGCUCAAGCAAGAGACGCUCGUAUCCGUCGGCGGAAGCUUCGUCGGUGAAUGAGGAGGAAAACGGCGACAAACAUGCGAUAGCCGUAGCAGCUGCGACCGCCGCGGUGGCGGAAGCUGCUCUAGCUGCUGCUCAUGCUGCGGCGGAGGUUGUGAGACUCACGAGCGGAACCGGCGGGAGAAACGGCGGAGGGAGUAGUAACCGUCGGUGGGCUCAGGAGUAUUUAGCGGCGGUGAAGAUUCAAUCUGCUUUCCGUGGUUAUCUGGCGAGGAGAGCACUAAGAGCACUAAAGGCACUAGUGAAGCUUCAAGCAUUAGUGAGAGGACACAUAGUGAGAAAGCAAACUGCAGAUAUGUUUCGAAGGAUGCAGACUCUGGUCCGUCUCCAAGCACAAGCUCGUACACGAGCCUCACGUUCCUCUCACUCCUCUGCUUCAUUCCACUCCUCAACCGCUCUACUCUUCCCUUCUUCCACUCCUUCUCCUCGUUCCCUCCACACCCGCUCCCUUUCAAACGCCGAAGCCAUCCCUAUGGACCACCACCGCGGCAGCUCCAAACGCGUGGAUUGGCAAACCGAGGAAGACGUGGACAAGAUCCUAGAAGUCGACACUUGGAAGCCACGUCUACAUCAUCAUCCUAAGCCGCUACGUUCGGAGAGAAACAACGAGUCUCCGAGGAAAAGACAGCAGUCUCUAUUGGCUCCGAGAAGUACAGAGAAUAGUCCUCAAGUUGGGUCUAGUGGCUCGAGGAGAAGAACCCCGUUUACGCCCACGACGACAAGAAGCGAGUAUUCUUGGGGGUGUAGUAACUAUUACUACUCGGGUUAUCACCCGAACUACAUGGCUAACACGGAGUCUUACAAAGCUAAAGUCCGGUCACAAAGCGCGCCGAAGCAGAGACUUGAGGUCUCUAACGAGACCAGUGGAUACAAGAAGUCUGUUCAGGGACAGUAUUAUUACUACACGGCGGUUGCGGAGGAGAGUUUGGACGUUGGAAGCCCUGGUUACUACGGAGGAGAAGGAGGAGGAGGAGGAGGAGGUUCUGAACGAUUGAAUCGGAACCAGAGCGAGAAGACAAGGAUGCGUUCUUCGUUUCUUGUUUAGAUUUUUAUGGUUUUUUAAUGUGUAAAUCUCAAUGUUUUUUUUAACAAGUUUCGAUUGCUUGCAUAAGAAGGAACACAACUCUGUUCUUUUUAUCUUUCUUGAUUAAAUGUUCAAUCAAAACAAAACUCUAAACUAA